CUUUCGGCUCGCUUAUUGGUUUAGGCCCACAUCAAUGACGGAUUCCAGGUCUUUCUCCCAAGUUUUGAACAACUUUUUUCUACUAGGAGGAGGAGGAGGAAUCCGGUUACAGCAACAGCAAACUUGUAACCCAUCUUCGUUUGAAUAAUUUACGUUGUAGCGACAGAGACCGCGUUCCGGAGCGACAGGGAGAAGCCAGGCGCGUUCGGCGGGAGCAUGCUGGGAAGUGGCUCUGCGGCGAUGCGCGGCCCUGCUCCGCGCUGACACCCCGAGUCCCACCGAGGCGGAGGAAGGAAGGCUGCAAGGACCGCCGUCGACCGCAGGGCCACACCGCAUCCCGACCGGCUAGUGCCCCGGAGACAAAAGUUGAACAACACGCCUGGACACUUUCAGGAACAGCAGAUUGAAUCUGUGCUGGUUUAGACAAACGGUCCUUGUUUCUGUGCCAGCUCUAAUCCACCUUCAGCCCAGGGGGGUUGGUUUCAAGACAUCUUUUCCAAACAGCCCCUGAACCAUGGACUCCUUCAGCACCAAGAGUUUAGCGCUUCAGGCCCAGAAGAAGCUGAUGAGCAAGAUGGCCACCAAGAGUAUGGCCAACCUCUUCAUCGACGACACCAGCAGCGAGGUGCUGGACGAGCUGUACCGCGUCACCAAGGAGUACACCCGCAACCGCAAGGAGUCUCAGAAGAUCAUCAAGAACCUGAUCAAGGUGGUGGUGAAGCUGGGCGUGCUCUACAGGAACAACCAGUUCAACAGCGAGGAGCUGGUCCUGGUGGAGAACUUCAGGAAGAAGGUCCACACUCUGGCCAUGACGGCCGUCAGUUUCUAUCAGAUCGACUUCACCUUCGACCGCCGCGUGAUGAGCGGCAUUUUGAACGAGUGCCGGGAGCUGCUGCAUCAGGCCAUCAGGCGCCACCUCACGGCCAAGAGCCACUCGCGCGUCAGCCACGUCUUCAACCACUUCGCCGACUGCGACUUCCUGGCGGCGCUGUACGGGCCCUCUGAGGUUUACCGCGCCCACCUACAGAAGAUCUGUAACGGCCUGAACAAGAUGCUGGACGACGGCAACCUCUGACCCCGCCGCCCCCCGUCAGGCCCGUUUACCUGUCAGCUCGACGUGUUGAUGACGAUCAGGAACUGUUUGUGCCUUUCAGGAGUCCUGCUAACACUGACUCGCUCUCCAAAGAUGGUUUUUCCCUCGGCGGUUUUUUAAGGUUCUUCCUUGCUGACAGUGAUAUUGAUCUUUUUUUGUAUUUACUCGGGCUGAAUGUAAAUCCUUACGCUCUUAUCAGUGUAUGCAGGGAUAGGAGCCUUGACAUCUGUGCCUUCUUAAUGCACUGUUCUUUAUUCCACAGAGAGCUCUGCAGCUCUGUGAGCCGCCUUUAGGGAAGAAGGUCAUUUUCAAAGACCGUGUGUUUCUGUUGUCUUCAUGUUUGUUUCUGGUAGUUUUGCACUCCGUCCUCCAUAAGCGCUGUACUGUAUUCUUUGUUCUGUGGAGGGAGUCCUGCGUUUGGUUGUCCCACGGGGUCGUUUCUUACCACAGAUGAAGGAUUGGGGUCGUGGAAAAAGCCCAUAAACGUCAAAGGGAUGUGUUUGCGUUGUAUUGUUGAUUGUGUUGAAUGUUUGGCUGCUGCGUCCGGUCAGGAAGAGCCUUGGCGGGGCGUCGCCCCAGGUGCAAAAGCUGUUGACUCCUUAUUAGAAUAAAGCGGGGCGUCUGUCAGCUGGGAUCCACAUUAGUGCUGUCAGAUUAAAGCUACGCCUCCGUGAGCUGGCUGUGACAAACGCAGCCGCUGAUCGGAGCGGCGCUCCAGACUCUGUCAAGACGCCGCUCCAUUUCAGCGCACAUGUAACCUGGAGGAGGACGCCGGCGCUCUUUUCACAGACCCAAAGAUGUUUCUUUCCUUUCAGGGAGCAUUUGAAGACUUUCUACAGCCCACCUCUAGCCUGCAUUGAUGUGACUCUCUCAGGCCGUGUUGCUGUUGCACGGCGCCGUCUGGCUGCUAUUCCUGAGUGUUUGUGUGCCGACCUGAGAGAGCCCUGAAAAUGUAAUAAGUGCUGUGCUUUCCCAGAUAGGAUCGCUCGCACAAGCGUCUUCCUCAGCCAAAGAAAAAUGGGACUGAUGUUCUCCAAAACGCCGUCCGUCUCCACACAGGAAUACGUCAGACCGUCAGCAGAGGUGACUGCUGUCACGUAAAUCUGCUUUCUUUGUGUUUGUGUGGGCUCUCCUGUUACUCAUUUUUGACUGAAAGGCCUUUUUUACAAUCCAUAAAAAGCUGAUGUUACAUAAAUUCCAUUUUUGUCCUGGACCUGGGGGGGGUAAAACAACCCCCCCCCCAUCUCUCUGACGUCACUACCGACCACUGAAAGGAGCUCAGUUACUUCCUGUUUGCAUUUAAACUGUUAUUCUUUCCUGUAAAUGUGUUUGUGUCUCAGCUUUGUAUCCAAAUACAACAAAUAAACCAACUUUUUUUUUAAAAAGGUGA